GGCAGCCUCAAUUGUCAUACUGUGCUGUACUACCUCGCCUAUCGCACAAAUCACUCGCUCGGCGAAGACUGAGCUGAGCAGCAUCUUUCUCCGCGUCAACAUUUUUCCACCGCCCAUACGAGCGCUCCUAGGGUUACUGCGUAGUCCAAUCCAAGUCAGCUUCGAUGGCACGUCACCUUCACACGGCGCGAUCCGUGCCCGACGUCCAUAACAUGAUGUCUGAUGGAUUAGAGACUUCAGAUGUGCUACGCCCAGAAGACCAGUCUCGAACCCGAAUUAGUUCCCGAAUUAGCUCUCGAAUAGGUCCUCGUCAUCGCCAUCAGAAAUCCGACGGGUUUAUACUCUUUGACUCGCAAGGCGCGACUAACACGACAUACGCCACAGCUCCGCACCUUUCCCCAAUCCCUCGCGAUAGAUCCCCACCUUUCUCUCUUGCCGGAGGGCAGUUAGACACGCGCGGCGCAGGCGACAUCCACUUCCCCCUGCUACGAUCGCACGUCUUUGACGGCAGGCUGGCAGUUGACAGCAGGUCUGGCGCCGAAGGACCCCCGCCGGUAUUCGCAACGGGGCUUCCGCCGCGGCGGUGGAACAGCUUCCACAACGCUCCGCGCGCGGAGUCGGACCAUCCGGGGAACCCCCCCGCGCACUCUUCUGCAUCGGCUGUUGCGCCACCCAGUAGCUCCCGCCGCCAGGUGUUCGCAUCGGUUGCUGACUCGUCCGACGACGACGGUGCCGACGACGUGCCGCAGGACAUGCACAACGGACGGGUUUCGCAGAGAGCGGGUUACCCGCCGAGACAGUAUUUCGCGCCACCCGAAGUGAGCUACUACCAGAAGCAGCUGAGCGAUCACGUGUUACCCCUCGACGCGGGAGAGCCGUUGAAAGAAGCGACGGAGGCGGUGUUGCGCGCCCGCGCGCAGGAGGUUCUUGCGGAGCGGCACGAGCUGUCGCAGCAGCUGUCGUCGUUCCGCGUGACGGCGGCGUAUCGGAAAAAGCGCGUGGAAGCCACGCUGAAAGAGACCGACGUGCUGAGGGCGAAAUUGGGCGGAGGGGAGAAGCGGCUUGAGAAGGUUCAGGCGCAGUUCGACGCCACGCGCAUCGCGCAAGACGCGGCGGCGCGAGAGCUCGCGGUUCUCCGGCGGAUCGCCGCGCCAGCCACGUCGGAUGAUAGCGACUUCGAUAGUGUGGAUGACAGCGAUGAGAUGACGGAUUCGGACGGAGAGGAUGAUGCCACGUCGGGUCGGCGGGGUAGUAGGAGAGGCGGGACGCGCCGGGGGUUGCGGAAGCCGUUGGGUGAUGCGGCGUGGCGGAGGGCGGAGCUGCAGCGCGUGCUGCAGGACAUGGCGCAAACAUUGGAGAAGACCGAGAAGCGCGCGCGGAGCGCCAUGGUGCGAACGAUGCAGUUAGAGAGCUUGCUGGAGGACCGCAAGGAGCAGCUGGGGGAGGUGCGGGGGGAGCUGCGCACGGCGCAGGGGGAGCGGGACAUGCUGGCGGAAGAAUUGCAGGAGGCCUUCAACUCAUGGGCCAAUCCGCGCGCGCCGCCCGUUGGCAACGCCAUGAUGACGCCACGCGUGACGUCAGCGCCGCUGCCGCUACAGCCGCAGCGUGCUACAGACUGGAUAGGGUUGGGAAUGUGGGGGAAUGAGGGGAAGAGCAGUGGGAACGCGGUUAAAGGGGGGAGCAGGUCAACUCGGCGCAUCAGCAGAAGCGUGAGCAAGGAGGAGCUUGGUGCGCGGAUGAGGGGAAGGGGGAUGGGCGGAAGGGGGAAUGCGGAGGAGUUAGGGGGCUGGGCCCGCGCUUCAGCUCUGUUGCUGGCGGGUCAACUGGAGCCCCGUGUGCCUGGCUACCUCUGCGCGUCUCUUGAAGUCUAAGAGUUACUCCUGCUACAGCGUAUGUAUGUACAUAGCCGGUGGCAAAGCCAAGCGGCAUAUUGGUGUAUAGUGCACCAAGCCAGCCAGUGUGUGUAAUUUGCAGUCUUCUGGUAGUGUAGAAUAGUUCUGGCCUUGGCAAUGAGACAUUGAGGGUGAGGUUUUCAAAUAGGAGGUUCCAGCAUACACGCAUCGUGGGAGGGGGGGACUGAGCAGCAGCUGCUAACAGGCAUCCCUAAAAAGCCCAUGUUGGAGAUGCUGAAAUGUUUGCAGAUGGGAGCCUCCAAUCUCAGGUUCCUUCUGGAACAAAUGGUUACUUCCAUAGUAAGGCGUCCAUAACAUUUGAAUUUGAAAUGGUUUGUCCUUGCAUUGCUGUUGUUGACUCAGUUACAGAGCGAAUGAAGUAUGUAGUGUACA